AAGCAAGAGCAACAUGUCAGAGCAGCAUAUGGGUGACACAGCAGCUCUUACACUGAAAAACGUUAGAACAUCACACAUCCAACAUACAACGGGAUGCAGUCGGGGUGUUACCAUCAACCCGCUGGCCUGGGCCAAGACGGACCUGACCUCCAUGACCUGCAGAUGAAGGUCAACUUCUUCCGUAAACUGGGUUACUCUCCACAAGAGGUGAAGGCCGCGCUGAGGAAGCUUGGCCUGGGGACAGACACCAACGCGGUGCUAGGGGAGCUGGUGCGUUCGGGGGCGAAAGCCGUGCCCUCUUCUACCUCAGACAGCGAUGAUGGUGGGCCCCAUCGGGAAGGAAGCUCAUCUAGGGGACAGGACUCAACGCUGGAGGACACCACUGAACCCGAAAGUGACCUGAAACCUAUUGUUAUUGAUGGCAGCAACGUGGCCAUGAGUCAUGGGAACAAGGAAGUGUUUUCUUGUCGUGGGAUUAAGUUGGCAGUUAAUUACUUCCUUGACCAAGGACACAGACAUAUCACUGUGUUUGUGCCUUCCUGGAGAAAAGAGCAGCCCAGGCCUGAUGUACCUAUUUCAGAUCAGCAUAUUUUGGAAGAGCUGGAAAGGAAAAAGAUUCUUGUAUUUACACCUUCACGAAGGGUCGGAGGAAAGCGUGUGGUCUGCUAUGACGAUCGCUUUAUUGUCAAAUUAGCUCACGAUCUGGAUGGGAUUAUAGUGUCGAACGACACAUAUCGUGAUCUGCAAAGUGAACGUCCAGAUUGGAAACGUUGCAUUGAGGAGAGAUUGCUUAUGUACACCUUUGUUAAUGACAAGUUCAUGCCACCUGAUGACCCUCUCGGCCGUCAUGGACCCAAUUUAGAUAAUUUUCUUCGGAAAAAGGUGAUAAUGCUUGACCACAAGCGACAGUUCUGUCCAUAUGGGAAAAAAUGCACAUAUGGGAUCAAGUGUAAAUUCUACCACCCAGAGCGAACAAACCAGUCACAGCGUUCUCUAGCUGAUGAGCUUCGAGAGAAUGCCAGACUAUCUGGUUCAAAAGAGGACAGCAGAGUAACUGGGCCACUAAGAGGCGUGUACCCAAGAAAUGACCCUGGUUUUGGGUCCUGCUCACCCUCCUUGGAGCAAGAACUGGAAGAAAAGCUAAACUUGGAUCCCAAGAGCUGUGAUGGCAGGGAUGUUAUGCUCCAGUACUGGGAUGACAUUUUGUCCACGAAAAAGCCCUUAUAUACAGCCACAAUGGGACAACACAGUGCUUCGGCAGAAAGAACCAGUCUGAUAACACCUUACCAAACAAACCCUUCCUCUAUUUUCAGUUCUGACUCAGGGCUUGGAUCCUACCAAAGCCUGUUUUCAGAUCCAUCACGGAGUAUUGAGUUGCAUAGGAUGAGAUCCAAUCAUUCACCGAUGUCUGGUAACCCUGGUGUACCUGCAGGUGGUCAGUGCUACUAUGACAACAUGAGUCCUUACUACAACCAUCAGCCCAACUUUGGUGCCUGCAGCUCCCUACCUCUGCCUAACCCUGUCCAUCGUUACAGUUUUACUACUUACAGUGAUGGGUCUUACCCUUACUUCUUACCACAGGCAACUAGUUUACCCGAACCUUUACCCUGUCCUAGCUCGCACAUGUCUCAUGGUGUCUAUGGAAGCCAUAAGCACUCAGGCAUGCAGAAGUCCAAUGCUUUCCAGGAAGAAAGAGAGGAGGUCAGGAAGAGGCUUCAUGCAAUUUUUAAUCCGCAUCAUGUAAACAAAGUUAUGGAAAUGUUCCCGCAGCUGAAAGAUGCGCAGCAGUUGGCGGCAGAGGUUCUCAAACUCAAGUCCAAGGGAGAGUUCUUCUGAUUCAUUGAAACUGUGGGACCAUAAAAAAAGACAGCAUGCCAACUUUUUGAAAAAAAAAAAGUCUCUUUGCUCUCAG